AUGGUAAGAAUCAGGUUAGUAGUGCUGUUCCUUUGCGGCCUGGCCCUGGCCAGCGCUCUUGGAUUGGACUUGGACCUCAACCAAGACCUCGAACUGGACGUUAAGGAUUACCAGCGAUUGAACAGACUACGGCAUUUAUCGGAGGAGUUCUUCAGCUAUUACCAGAACGUAACUGUGGAGGACUUGGUGCCCGAGACGCGGCUCCCCACCGCCCAGGAUUUGCAGUGCUAUGCGCAGUUCGCCCAGCUGACCGCCGGAUUGCUUAGCGGUGAACUUUGGGCCUUCAGAAUGAUCGACUCCUGGGGGUCGAUACCGGCUGGAAUCCUCAAGGGGCAUCUUAAGGAUCUCGGCCACUAUGAUGAAUGCGUGGCCAUUGAGCAGACCGUGGCCUCGAGCUACACCUUUCAGGGGAAGUACUGCCUGGCCCAACUGCCGCUGCAGCAACUGCUGGGUAAUGCCGGCGGCAUGAUGAGGAUGUUGAAUGUCCAGACGGCUGUCUGCUUUCCCUCUGCCUGUUCGGCCACCAACAUGGACACACUGCUACGACGGGUCUUCAAGCAGCUAAUUGGUCUAGAGCUGAGUGACAACGUUAAUCUGGUCAGCGAAAGCACUUGCAAAACCUCAGAGAAAGAGGCCUACGAUGCUGUUACUAUUUUUACAAUCGUUUUACUGUCUGUAUUUGGAGCGGUCGUAGGACUGGCUACUCUUUAUGACUAUUUCUUAUGCUCGGAUCCAAAAAAAUUACCACCUAUUCUCAAGGUUUUCUCGGCACGUGCCAACUCCCGUGCCCUAUUCAGGGUAAGCACCACAUCCAAUCCAAAUGUGAUUGAGUGUCUCCAUGGAAUUCGUUGCAUGUCCUUGAUCUGGGUUUGCUAUGGUCAUGACUACAUCAUUGGCAUUACAUCUCCCAACAUCAACCUGUAUGAUGUGUACACGUGGGCCAAGACACCUUUCAUGGACGUUAUCUACGAGGGCGUUUUCGCUGUGGACACCUUCUUCUUUAUCAGCGGUCUGCUUGUGGCCAUGGUUCCACUGCGUGCCAUGGAGAGGGCCAAGGGAAAACUUAAUAUUCCACUGAUGUAUUUGCAUCGCUAUCUCCGGCUGACGCCCAUCGUGGCCGUGUCCAUCCUUAUCUACCUGAAGGUUUUGCCUCUGGUGGGCGAUGGGCCGCUGUACGGCAACUGGAACUUUGAUAACUACGAUAACUGCAACGACAACUGGUAUUGGACCUUGAUUUACAUUCAGAACUAUGCUGCUGACAAAGAGUGCCUUGCUCAUACCUGGUAUCUGGCCAUCGACAUGCAGCUGUACAUCAUUGCCCCCAUACUGCUGAUCGUUGUGUACAAGUGGGGCAAGAAGGGAGCUGCUCUGGUGCUCCUCUUGAUGCUCGGCCUCGCAGCCUACCUGUUCAGCAUUAUGGUGAUCAACAACUAUUCACUGUUAAAUGGAGGCGGAGGCGGUGGACCCGAUAGUGGCGGAAGCACUGACCUGUCGCAUUAUACACACACCAGAGCUUCCGGCUGGCUGGUUGGGUUCCUAUUCGGUUACUUCCUGCACUCGAUUCGGGGAAAGUCCAUCAAACUGAACCGUCCCACCGUAUGGGUGGGGUGGAUCACCAGUUUGGCCCUGUUGCUCACCUGCAUCUUCGCCAUGUAUCCUUACGGCAUUGGCAAAAGCAAGACUCUGCCCAUCCUUAACGAGGCUUUUUACGUUUCGCUCUCCAGGAUCGCCUGGCCCCUGGGCCUGAGUUGGGUGGUCUUUGCCUGCAUGCAGGGAUACGGGGGGCUGGCCAACUCUUUCCUCACCUCCCCACUGUGGCAGCCACUCUCGAAACUGUCCUUCUGCGUCUACAUGGGGCAUCUGUUCAUUCAGAACCUCAAUGGAGGACGUACGCGCGUCAAUACCUACUUCUCGAACUAUGAUAUUAUGUUGCGCUUCUGGCAGGACUUUGGUUUCUCCGUGCUACUCGCCUAUGUCCUUUACAUUCUGAUCGAAGCUCCUUGUGGGGGAUUGGAGAGUCUGAUUUUGCCGAACCGAAGACCAGCUCCACAGCCGAAACUACAACCUCCAGUUGAGGCGUCACCAGAGGCAACACAGGCGCCAAUUGAUGUGGAGAAGCAAGUUCCAGAGCCGGUGGCUCCUCUGCCGAAUACUGAAACUGCAUCAGCUCCUCCUCUGGAAAGCAAGAUUGACCUGCAGACUAGCGGGGAUACGGCAGCCAAGGCGACUAGUUAA